UUAUAUGUAAACCAUUUUUAAAACGCAUACGCUUGCGGUGUAGAAAAUGACGUCGAAAGAUGGCGCUAGUAUCAGUAUAAUCUAUACAUUCCCUGUUCUCAGCGUUCAAGUCCAAAAUUAGUAAAUAAAGAUGGUGGCAGCGCGUGAGCACUGUGCGGUAUCGUCACGCGAAAAAUGUCUGGUAAAAUGAAAUGGAAACGAAGAACGUGCACGAUCUCUCAGAAAAAUUCGAAAGUCGUAGAGACUUAGUAAUCGGAUUCGCCGUAAAGACGAUAAUAAAAGUGUAAAUAGUGUAUCUUUCCUAUAGUUCCCCGGGAGCGGAAAGCAGCCGCAAAAGAGGAUAAUUUGGCUCCAGAGUUCACUGUAAGAUAAAUAAUAAGGAAAAAUGGUUGUGGGCGAGGCGAGCAUACACAACAUUAUGGGAGGAAUGGAGAGCACGGGUGGUGUGCGACUUCACAAUCACAAACGGAAAUUGAAACAAAGGUUUGACAUCAUCAAGAAGCUCGGUCAAGGUACUUACGGCAAAGUUCAAUUAGGAAUCAACAAGGAGACCGGUCAAGAGGUGGCGAUAAAGACUAUUAAGAAAUGCAAGAUAGAAACGGAGGCCGAUUUGAUCAGGAUACGACGAGAGAUUCAGAUAAUGUCGAGCGUGCAACAUCCGAACAUUAUUCACAUAUACGAAGUGUUCGAGAACAGGGAAAAAAUGGUGCUGGUAAUGGAGUACGCUGCCGGUGGCGAGCUGUACGAUUACUUGAGCGAACGCAAAGUGCUGACGGAACACGAGGCUCGACGAAUAUUUCGACAAAUAGCCACCGCUGUCUUUUACUGUCACAAGCACAAAAUCUGUCACAGGGACUUGAAGCUCGAGAACAUUUUGUUGGAUCAAGUUGGAAAUGCGAAAAUCGCGGAUUUCGGUUUAUCGAACGUGUUCGACGAGCAACGGCUAUUGAACACGUUCUGUGGCAGUCCGCUUUACGCUAGUCCCGAAAUCGUAAAAGGCACUCCGUAUCACGGCCCCGAAGUCGACUGCUGGAGCUUAGGUGUUCUUCUCUAUACUUUGGUUUACGGUGCCAUGCCCUUUGACGGUUCUAACUUCAAGCGACUAGUCAAACAAAUCUCGGAGUCCGACUAUUUCGAACCUAAAAGACCGUCGCCCGCUUCUCCUCUAAUCAAAGACAUGCUGACGGUUUGCCCAGCCAGACGAGCAGAUAUUGAAAGGAUUUGUACCCAUUGGUGGGUGAACGAGGGUUACGAUCAAAAUUGCCUGGAAAUUGCCGAAGAGUUAGCCGCCCAAACGCCAGUUCGUUUGGAUCUGCUUCUCUCUCUGGUACCACAGUCCGCAAGCGCCGAGAAACUGGUCGUUGGCGACCAGCAACCAGCCGGAGAUGUUCCGAAUAACGUUUCUUCCGAGACCCUAGUACCUACCAGAUGUCACUCGGUGGGAAGUUUAAUGGAAUUGGAUCAGAGCAGUUCCGACAGGCGAAUAAGACGAGAAUUACUCGAGGAGGAACCAAGGACGGCGCCGAUUGGUGGAGACGCAAAGAGAAAAUUGGAGACAACACCUUCGAUGGAUGAAACAGCUGCGGCUGGAGCAAAGAGAAAAGAGCGAUCCAGAAGAAAAGAAAAACGAGAAGAACCGGAACCUAGAAUGUACAAAUCUGCGCCCAGGCAUCACUCGGCGCCGAUUCCAACCUCGAUCACGGAGGAAGCUAUGGAGGUGGAACCUACGGUAACCGUUCCUAUCAGUAAGACCGUCGAUUUGAAUAUGGUAGAAUUUUCAGCUGCCUGUUUAGAAAUGAUCAAAGAAUGCAGCGAAAGAUCACCGAGCAAAGAGCGAAGUAAAACACCGAUAGUACACGAACAGUCGGAGCAGCCACUCUUAGACGGGCCUCGGCAAAUCGCAUCGCAGAAUCGCGAUACCGACGAUAGACUGCAGAACGAAAGCCUCGUAAAAUCAUUCGACGAUGGGCAACGCGAUGGAUCCUCGAGAUCGAAUCUUCUUCGAGAACCGGACGCGGCGAAGCUUGCCCUCGACCUUCCGACCGCAUCCGCAGUGCCUAGCUCCAAAACGUCGAACGAGACGACAGUCUCUGGAAACGAGAGGCUCGAGAAAGAGUCGUCCUGUAGUCAGGAUGCGAUCAACCUCGAAUCGUCGCAACGAGACUUUAAGAAACUGAAAGAGAAGUCCAUCUCUCUCGACUCGGAGCUCCCUAACGAAGUAAGAGAUGUCCCUGCGAAAACGUUCGACAGAAGGCGUUCGAAAAUAUUCGAAACCGCGGAGAAGUUCAACCAGCUGGCAUCGAACGUGGAAAAUGAAAAGCCCAAAAAGAUAUUUAUACCCGGUGUGAAUGUCGGAGGAGCGAAGCGCGUGUUCGAAAGAAAAGCCAGCCUCUCUUCCAUAACAACGCCUCCACCUACGAAACCCACUACAUCCAAGAUGAUCAUCGACGUUCCCCCUACGACGGAUACGAAGCGGAACGAAAAACCGAACGAUAAAGCGAAACAAAACGAAGAGGAGGUGGAGGAAGAGGACGAGAAAAAGAAAGAAGAGGCAAAGAAACGAGCCGUCGACAUAAUAACCGGUGCGAUUGGAAAACCACCUAUGCAACGAAGGAUAAACGGAUCUCCGCCGAUUUCGCCAUUGAGUCAGGAACCAAAGAAACUCCCGUCAAAGUCAUCGAGUGGAACAACAAACGAUUCACGUUCAGCGACGGAAUCUGUGUCUACGCCUUCCGAAACAAAGUUCUCGUUCGACGAAAAGUCAACGAGCGCGAACAAACAAGCAACGGUUUCCCUCGCGCCCGAGGAGUUCGCCAACGACGACGAUGAACAACCGGAAGAACCGAAAAUGUCCAGCAAAAUGGAAAUUACUUUAAAGAGCGCGACUUUACCUAGAUCGCGUAAAACGAGCAAAGCCGAGAUUUCAUUGUCGGGCUCCUCCAGAACGGAAGCUCCUUUGGCAUACAAAUCCGAACUCGAGGCCAAGAUCGACGCGUUCCACCCACAGAAACUUCAAACACAGCGAUCGGAAAUAGCAUUUCCGGUCGCAGCUGCGAUACCGCAGCAUAAUCGAAGCUCGAGCUUGGAGCCGGAAAUCAGGCCGCGUAGUGCUGCGCCGAAGGAAAGAAUAAUACCGAUUCAGAUGGAAGCGGAUCGUCAGCAGUCGCAACACUCGUCGACGCCACCGCCGUCGAAACCACCACCGAUGCCUCAACGAUCGGUUUCACAACGAUCGGGGUCGUUAUCUCGUCAGUCGACCGCAGACUCGGACACCGACAGUGCUCUUGGAUCUACCGUUGGUCCUGAGCCGAUUCGAAAGAGUCCUCGGGAAUACAUAAUACCCAUCGCCGUGGAAGGCGGUGGAUACGUUACUCCCAGAUCUGGUAGCGUCGAGCCCGAUAGCAAAACUAGCACGCCGACCAGCACGAACGCUCCUCGAUCCAAGUUCGGCAGACCUCGAAGAAUGAGCUCUCUCUUAUCGGAUGCUAGUGAAGACGAAUCACCAUUUUCUUCGUUGCACAGGGACAGCGAGGAUCUUUUGCAACGUCACAUGCAUCGGUUGAGAAGCUCUCGGCCAUCGAGACAGCCACCGGAACACGCGGAUAGCUUGUCUUCCGGCGAAGACGACGACGACGACGGAUUCGAAUUGUUAACCGCUGAGAACCUAUUUUCUACUCUGCUAUCCAGAGUACGAAGCUUAACGCAGAGAUUGAACGUCGACGACAACCGCACCACCGGCUUUCCGAGUUCUCGAUUGUUCGGAAGAUUAGGAUCUAAUCCCUCUCAAGCUUUUUGGGGCCUCAAUAAGCCACUGUCGAGGCGGUUGUCGGAGUCUCAAUUUAGGCAUUCGUUGAGUCGAGAAGGUGACAUAUUCUCGAGGAAAGAUUCCAUGAACUCGUCAAACGCAGGAACCCCUAACAGUCCAGGAUCGCAUGGUACUCCGUCCAGGGAAACGGUGUUCGAUGUCGGCAGUAACACCUUGCCAAGAGAUAAAGUAGCACGCGAAGACGCAGAAGCGGAUCCGGCACGAGUGAGAAAAGAGACGCAAGAAUCGUUAGAGCAAAACUUCACGCCUAGCUUGGCCCGGCGAUUGAGCAGAACGUUGCUCGAUCAGACCAGACGAUCCUUGACGAGAUCCUCGUCGGUCUCUGGCGAGGACGGUGGAGGCCAGUCGCCGCCCGGUAGGGACCCGGCCGGCAGUUCCUUCGACGCGUCCGACAGCGCCGACCGAUCUGUCUCCACGGCCUCCGAUCAGACCGAGUACAAAGAUCGAUCAACGAGCAAUCGGGUGAUGAGAAGAACCAACAGUUUGCUGGAACCGGGAACCGGCAGAGACGCGUCGCACGGCUCUCCUCGUCGAUCGGUCAGCCUGUUGGAGGACGAGUCGCGCGGUCGCGACUACGACGUCGCAGAUCGGUGCGGAUCGGCGCAACGGCAAGACUCGAACAGUUCCCUGUUCUCGACGUUCCCCAGGGAGACCGGGUCCGGCAAUCUGGCUAGAUGGUACAAAGAAACGUCCGGCGGCCGAACGAGCGCGGGCAAGCUUCGGAAGGACAGUUUCCGGUCGUACCGCGCGGACAAGAUCCAAGAGGAAACGCCGGACGAUGCGAUGGCCGGCGAUAGAAACGAGAACAACGCGGAUAACGGCUCGAUUUCGGAGUGCACUUCCACCUCGGUUUGCGACUCCAACACGAACCUAUUGGACGCCACGUCCAGCUUGUCCGCCAAGUCGUACGAGACUUCGCCGACCGAGUCCUCCUCCAACAUCACCGACUACAAAUCCGGGUACAAAUCCGAUUCCUCGAGGAACUUUGAGAACCGUUUGCUGGCGGCGGAGAACUUGAUCAAGGAGUCGAAACUGAAGAACCUGGGAUCACCGAUCGGCGCCAAAUUCGACCCGAAUUUGACCGCCAAUUAUCGGGACACGGACAAGUGCGACAAACGAUCGUUGAUCUCGAUCGCGGAGGUUGGCGACGCCUCGGUCGUCUCGAAACGGCGUAGCUGCAUCCCUAGCCUGAGACUGCGAUCCGGCUCGUUGACCAGAGAAUCCAGUACGGGCAUCGAUCGUCGAAAAUCGUUCGCGGACUCGCAGGACGUCGCGAGUCUCGUCGUGCGAGCCCUUGGCCCGGAAAAGUCGUUGCUCAGCAAGUUCUUCAAGACAGGUGGAAACCGCGAGAACGAUUCGAGAGACAAGGAGAAGGAGAAGGAGAAAGAUAAGGAAAAGGAGAAAUCGCAAAAGUCGAAGCAACGUCGGAUAUCGCGAUUCUUGCGACCAGAUUUCUUCGACACGCCCAGAGAAGAGAGUCGGUACGUGAAAGAGAAAGAGGCGCAAAAAGCCGCGGAAAACGAACGUCGCAAGUCUCGCUUCAUUCGGCGAAAGAACGAAAACAAAGCAACAACGAUAACCACCGGAACAACGUCUACGCCGACCGUAACGACCAGUCGAGAAAGCAGCGUCGAGCGGGAAAAGAAACGCGAAAAGGAGCUAAAGAACGAGAUCAAUUCUCUGAGAAGGAAUCGACGAUCGCGGGAACCCGAGGAGGAGGAGGAGGAGGAGGAGCAGCCUUGCGAGGGAAAAACGAGAGUAGACUCGCCAAACGAAGGUUCACGAAAUGGCUUUUUGCAUUCGUUGGAGAAGAAGCUCGAACGGCUUCGGACCAACGACGAGGAAACGGAACAGAGGAAAACGACACCCGCAACAACGACGACAGAGACAGCGACGACGACGACGACGACAACGAUGACGAUGAACGGAAGAGGAAUGGAUAACGCGACGCAACGAGAGCGGUCAGCUCCUCCAGUCGAUCAUUUAUCCUCGACCGAGCGUGCCACCGUUAAGAGAGCGACCAGCGUGGAGGAUCUUUCGCGAUCCACGAAGCCGAAUCAGAACUGCCCGAGAAGCAGAGUCUCUUCCGUUUUCGGCCUGUUCAAAACAGCGGACGCGAAACAGAUCGCGAAUGGGACACGAUCGCAGAGCACCAUCUUGAGCAAAUUGAAGAAGAGUCCGCCAAAGGUGACGAAACCGGGAGAUCCUACCACGGGCGAGGACGCAAACGUACCUACCACUGGCAGCAAAAUACCGACCAAAUUAACCAUCGCGGACGCGAAAUCGACGAAAAAGAUCGGUGACGCGAAAAAAUCGGACAAGCCGGAUAAACCUGCCGCAGCCUCCUCCUCCACCUCGUCCUCCGUUUCCGAAUCUUCGAAGAGAUUGCCCGCUAAAGAGGGAUCGCUGGAUAAAGGGAAGCAGGAGAAAGCGUCGAUCCCCAAAGAGAGAAGAUCGUCUCGCGAGAAGGAACUCGGUGGAGAGAAAUCUGGAGAGAAAUCUGGAGAGAAAUCGGCGAGCAAAGACGCGGAGGAGGAAGCAGUGAAUACCGUCGCAGCGAAACCGAACGAAGACGGGAAGGUACCCGUGGAGAAGAGAUCGACGAGUAAAGUUAAAGCGACUAACAAUCGAUCCUCUUUGGAAGACGGUUCGUCAACGGAACGGAGUAAACUCGAAGACACCGAGAAGAAGACCAAGAAAACGACGAAAAAGACUUGCGAGACUUCGGAGAGCAACGAGUCCGAAGGUGUGAAGAAGAAGAAGAUCGUGAGAGUGGUGAAGAAGGUCGCGAAGAAAUCGAGCGACACCGGUGCCAGUGCCGGUACCGGUAGUGCCAGUAGCAACGUCGAUAAAACCUCCGAAACGAAGGAAAAGCCGGUAAAAACGCGCACGAAGAAGAAGGCGACGGCUACUGGCGAGAAGAUUACCGACUCGAAGGCGCUCGCGGUUGCAACGAAAACUAACGGGAAAACGAAGGAAAACGGGGUAGAGUGGCGAACCGUUGGGAAAGGUUCCUCGAACGCGAAUGGCGGCGAUCGAGUUUCGGUGAGCAACAACCCUGCGGAGGAAUCGCUCGCCACGGAAACCAAGAACGAUCAAUCGGCCAAGGGACAGGAGUCGCAACGACCGAGCAGAAGCAAUCUGAAACUCGAUCUGUCCAAGAUACCUCAACAUUCGUUCAGGAACGCGACACCCAAGAAGGAUUCGCCAAAGUCCGACGCGCCAAAGAACCCCGUUGAUUCCCCAAAGUUGCCGGCGAGCGAAGACCUUUCCGACAAGCUGAUGGAGUGUCUGUCAAAGGUAACGCACCGGGCCAGCAUCACCGGCAACAAGAUAAUCAUUGACAAGCCUUUGCGCGCAAAAGACGUAGCCGAACUGAAGAAAGAGGUAACCGAGUGCGCCAGAAUCAUCGAGAAUCACGCGGAAUCGACUGCGAUGGCCGCGGAAAACUGUUCACAUGCAGAGAAAGAGAAACGUCGAGAGGAAGAGAAAGAGGAAGAAGAAGAGAAGAGAUCGAUGCUCGAUCUCGCGGAGAACGAGCGAUCGGCCGGUCCGAAAGAGUCGCCGACCGAUUACCCGAACGAACUUCUUUCUCCGAUGGACGAACCCGAGAGUUUCGACUCGUGGUCGAUCAGUUCGGCAGAGUUGAGUCAUCCGCGACCCGACUUGCACUCUCCCACGUCCCCGUCCCAUUCGCUGUUCGCUAGGAAUCCGGACGACAACUCGGAAUCGGUGAUCGACCGAAUACGCAGGAGGAGUUUCUAUUCGCGGUUCAACGAUAGACGAAGACCAUCGCUAACGGCUCCACCGCCGGGUGUCAACUUACCCACUAGCGCCACCCUGCCGCGCAAGUUCAGUUUCAGUGGUGGACAUCGAGAGCAACGAGACCGCGGCAGAUACGGGACCGGAUACGGAGCGAUCGCCAUGUCGAAGAGCAGCAGACACGUCGCGGACAAGAGUUACGGAUUGUACGGCGACGAAGGAAUCAUCGGGACGGUCGCUCGUAACCGAUCUCUCGAUCGAGGUGGCCGUUACUCCGACUCUGGUUACGUCGCCGAUCUCAAAUCGCCGACCGAACACGUGUCCGCCCUUUCCUCCUCCUACGAUCCCCUUAGAAGGUAUCUCAGGUCGCCCACCUUUGAUCUGUGUUCCUCCAGGUCGAGAUAUCACAGCGCAGACUUUGCCGCUGACCCGGACCUCGCCACCAACUACAGACCCUCGCUUUCCGGUUUGUCCAACGAUUGCGGGAUCGAGAAUCACAGCUAUGUCGGCCUUGGCUACUCUUCCCUGCCGAGAAGGUACGGAACCGGAACUGCGGAGCCCAAGACCGUCGAGUAUUACGAGGAGCUGCUAGCUCCGACCACCGCGGACUAUUUACCCACAAGAAAAUCCCCGGUGUCCAACGAAUACUCGAAUAAGUGCGAAAACGGGUAUUACAACGGUAACUUGGACCUACACUCGAACGUUACGAAAUGGAAAACGGAGAACGCGGGAACGUUGGAACUAGCGCGAGAAAGCGGUGCUUUAGCUUCUCCUGCUUCCUGCCACGAGCAAUCGGAACAGAGGAGGAGCAAAGGUGAACACGCGAGCGAAACGAAGCACCCGCUUCCGGCGUCUACGGAAACGACGACUGAUUCUACGAACGAUCACAGCUAAUUCUUCUCUCUCGCGAUAACAACCGAGUCGGAACUUUUUCUCGUUCUACGCACCGAUUCGUCGGAUUCGCGUAAACGUUUGCGAACGAAGAAACGCUCGCGUUUUUCUCGCUUGUAUACGUAUACGGAAUUGACUACGAGAAUCAAACGUUCCGCUGCGAAGGUUCAUUUUCUUUCCUAUACGUUCUUUUCGUCCUUUCACCGAAUCUCCGAAUCGCGGUGAAAUUUUUCAUUUAUUUGAUCGACUUAAGGUUUCGAGUAAGGUUAAAGCUGCCUGAUUGUACCAAAGACUUUACUUAUCUCAUCAUUAACACGAAAUAUCAAUCGCGCGAUCCAAGGAUCGCGUCUUCUCUCGAGACCAAAAAGAUACUUGUAAUACGUUUCGUUUGAAUGUUAUAUAGAACGCUAAAAUUGGUAUUUAUUAUCGCACCUGUCUCGUCCGUUCUCGAA